AUGCCCAGCGCCCCCAGCUGCGCGCUGCUGCUGCUCCGAGGCACUCUCAGGCAGCGGGUCUGUACACUGUUCAUCAUGGUUUUCAAGUUCACCUUCGUCUUCCUCAUGAUCUACUGGCACAUCGUGGGUGAACCUAAGAACCAAGGACAGCUCUACAAUCUGCCUGCCGACCUGCCCUGCCCCUGCCCAGAGCCUCCCAUGGCCCUCCCCAGUAGCUCCCCUCCUGGCAACAUCUUCUUCCUGGAGACCUCAGACCGGACCAACCCCAACUUCCUGUUCAUGUGCUCGGUGGAGUCAGCGGCCAGGGCCCACCCCAAAUCCAGAGUGGUGGUCCUAAUGAAGGGGCUGCUGGGGGACAGUGCCUCCCAGCCCCAGAACCUGGGGCUCUCGCUGCUGCGCUGCUUCCCCAACGUCCAGAUGCUGCCGCUAGACCUGGAGGCCCUGUUCCGCGGCACGCCCCUGGCUGCCUGGCACUCGGCUGCGCGUGCGCGCUGGGAGCCAUACCUUCUACCUGUGCUCUCCGACGCCGGCCGAAUCGCGCUGCUGUGGAAGUUCGGCGGCAUCUACCUGGACACGGACUUUAUCGUCCUCAAGAGUCUACAGAACCUGACCAACACGCUGGGCACCCAGUCCCGCUAUGUCCUCAACGGCGCUUUCCUGGCCUUUGAACGGGGCCACGAGUUCAUGGCACUCUGCAUGCGGGACUUCGUGGCGCAUUACAACCGCUGGGUCUGGGGCCACCAGGGCCCGCAGCUCCUCACGAGGGUCUUCAAGAAGUGGUGCGCCAUCCGCAGCCUAGGGGAGCGCCAGGCCUGCCGCGGCGUCACCACCCUACCCCGGGAGGCCUUCUACCCCAUCCCCUGGCAGAACUGGAAGAAGUACUUUGAGGACAUCCGCCCCGAGGAGCUGCCCCGCUUGCUCAACGCCACCUAUGCCGUUCACGUGUGGAACAAGAAGAGUCAGGGCACCCGCUUCCGGGCCACAUCCCGGGCGCUGCUGGCUCAGCUCCAUGCUCGCUACUGCCCCACGACGCACGAAGCCAUGAAGAUGUACUUAUGA